CCGCCAUCUGUUUUCUAAAUAUAUUUACAAGCGGCAUGUUAAAGUGUAAAUUGUAUCAAAUUUUCGUUUAAAAAUAGCAAAGCAAAUAAAUUAAUUUCACAUUUUAUUAAUAAUGCCGGUAGCGAUAAUGGAAUGUCCAGAUAUAAGUGAUUUUCAGCAAGCUUUAAAGGAUUUAAGAAAACCUGAUGAUAUCAUUGUAAAUACCAUAAAUUCUGUCGUGCCAACCGAUUCAUUUAGAAAGGACGAAGUAACUGCGUGCAAAGGACUUUAUGAUAGAUUGGAAGAGGGAUACAAAAUAAGGGAUAAUUUAAUUAAAAACUGUAUUUCAGUUACUACUGAGCAGGUUAAAAAACUUAAGGAAGUAAAAGAGGCUGGUAAUGAUGAUAUUCAAUUAACAAAACAUUUAAAACAAGAACAAACCAAGUUACGAAUGCUGAGAGUGGAAUUAAGUGUUGAAGAAUUAAUAAAAGAAAGAACAUUUAAAGUGUUUAAUGAAAGGUGUAGAAAAUUCUUAAAAUUAUGAUUUUUAUGUCCGCUUUUUGGUAGAUCUCUUUUUAAUUGUUUUAUAUGGGCUGUAGUAAUAAAUUGUUAAAAAAUCACAAA